AUGACUUCGUCUGUGUUGGCAUUUGCUGGUGCGCGUGUGGUGCCUUCAGAAACCAAUGAGAAAACCAGGGAAAGAUACAGAGACGUUAUUGGUGUAUAUUUAUCCCCAGAUACACAGUUAUGCUACAUAUGCAGUUAUUUACUGAAUAAACUAACUAUUUUCAAGGCAAUAUGUUUAAACAGAAUCUUGGAAUAUCCUGCAGCACUUAGCCAAAAAUAUCCAAUGAAAUUACAAAAAAGUGACUUAGAAAUCCACAUCCUUUGCCCUGAGAAAUGUUAUGAAUAUAAACAAAUACACAGCGACAAAACAUAUCAAUUCAACCAUAGUGAUGAUUCCAAUGAUUAUAAUAAUACUGAAUAUAAUAAUGACAAUGAAUAUAGUAAUAAUGACAGUGAAUAUAUUCACAAUGAUACAGAAUAUAUGAAUAAUGACAUAAAUAAUGACACUGAAUAUAUUAAUAGUCAUAUUCAACACAUACAUAGUGACAGACAUGUAGUAUUAGAAGAGAAUGUAAUAGAACAGUUUAAUUAUGAAAACUAUGAUUCUAAUAAUUAUAAAAGAAAUUGUUCCAAUGAUAAAUCAGAAUUGGCUAUUUAUAAUAAAGAUUUCAAUGUUCCAAAGAAUCAAGAAUAUGACAAUGCAAUAGACUAUGGUGCAAGAAAUGAUGAUAAUGAUAUAAUAGAUUCAAAUAUUGAACAUGAUGACAUAAGAAAUGAUGAUCAAGCAAGCAUAUAUGACAUAAAAGUUGAGAUUGACAAUGAAAAUUUAUUAGAAACCAAUAUAGACAACUAUCACAAUUCUCAAAAAGUAAACAAUGAUACUGAAUUAAAUAAUAAAAAUUCUAGACAGGAAGAUACUAAGGCUGUAAAAAAAAGUAAAAAGAAGUCAGAUAAAGGUUUCAAAAGGAUAAUUUUGAGUCUAGAAAAGCAAAAGGCGGAAUUAGAAGCAAAUAGAAAGGAAAAGAAGUAUUUAGAAGCUGAAUUCAAGUGCUAUAACUGCGCUUUAAGUUUCUUAUUCAAAGAUACCUAUCAAGCACAUAUGAUGAGACAUGAAGAGUCCAACGGUGAAUACCAAUGUAGAACCUGCACUCUCCGGUUCGCAACCCCUGCCUCGCUAAGGAUCCACGCAGCGUGUCAUUCAGAGCGCUACUUGUGUCGCUCGUGCGGUGUGAGCCUAAAGCCGCGCGGCAAGAGGCGCCACUCCUGCCUCCAGCCGCGAGAGCCGCAGAGUGUCGCUUGCCACCUGUGCGGGAACUUGCUCAAAGACGCGAACGGCCUGCAGCAACAUUUGAAAAGGGUACACGCGAGCAAAGCCAGCGGGCGCAGAUAUGCUUGCAACGUAUGUGGAGACAGCUACACAAGACAAGGCGCUUUGAGAACGCAUAUGAUAAAGCACAUAAACCGCAAGUUCCACUGCGACCAAUGCGCCGGCACCUACAGCAGCCCUUACACAUUGAACCAACACAAGAAAACACAUCACAGCGACGGCACUAUGCACUAUUGUGAUACGUGCGGUGCGAGCUAUGCAGCUAAAAAGAGUCUAUUGGCGCAUAUGAGGAACACUAGCAACCAUUCUACCACUACAUACGAAUGCCCCAUCUGCAGUCGAGUUUGCCCCAACGAGAAGUCGCUAGCCUCUCACAUACAAUCAGUGCACUCGACGACUAAAGACUUCACUUGCUCGCUUUGCCCCGCUCGAUAUACUAAUAGGAAAUCCCUCGUUCGACACGUAACGGCGCAUACAAAGCAGAAGCCUACCAGAAUUGUCAUUUGUCACUUGUGUGGGACCAAUUUCAAGGAUAACAGUAAGCUGAAUAGGCAUGUUCGGGAAGUAUGCAAUAAGGCGAAAGAAGAACAGCUUCUAAUGUACGAUUAGAAGAUUAGAAAUAAGUUGUAUUUUAUCUGUGAUAAUAAUAUUUUUUGUGUUUAA